CUGCACGCAGGUGCGCAGCCGGCGGCUCAUGAAGGAGCUGCAGGACAUCGCGCGCCUCAGCGACCGCUUCAUCUCCGUGGAGCUGGUGGACGAGAGCCUCUUCGACUGGAACGUGAAGCUGCACCAGGUGGACAAGGACUCGGUGCUGUGGCAGGACAUGAAGGAGACCAACACUGAGUUCAUCCUGCUCAACCUCACCUUCCCCGACAACUUCCCCUUCUCGCCACCCUUCAUGCGGGUGCUCAGCCCGCGCCUGGAGAACGGCUACGUGCUGGACGGCGGCGCCAUCUGCAUGGAGCUGCUCACGCCGCGCGGCUGGUCCAGCGCCUACACAGUGGAGGCCGUCAUGCGCCAGUUCGCCGCCAGCCUGGUCAAGGGCCAGGGACGGAUCUGCAGGAAAGCCGGCAAGUCAAAAAAGUCCUUCAGUCGCAAGGAGGCCGAAGCCACCUUUAAGAGCUUGGUGAAGACUCACGAAAAAUACGGCUGGGUCACCCCGCCCGUGUCUGACGGCUGACCGCCCGCCCGUGUCCACACGCACCGACUCCCUGACCUCUCCUCCCCACACUGCACACCCUCCAUCCUUUUCUACUCCAGCCAGAACUGCACCCUGAAUGCCAAGGAGGCUUGAAGUCAUUUAUGAACAAGUGCAUUCACAGAGAGAAGGGAGCGGAUGCCACUCGAGUUAGGUUUCCAUGAUAAAUGAAUGAUCAUCUCUAAGCGCUUUAGAACACCUGUCGAGAUGGUGACGUUCCCCAGCCUGCCCGUCCCCGCCCUCCCGGCACCUGGCCCUUAGCUUCUUCCCAUGACAGCAGCUCCAGCGAGCAGGCGGGAGCCUCGGUGCUCGCCAGCUCCAGCCCCAUGUAAAGGGCGCAUUCCUGUUUCCUAGGAGCACCUCGCACUGCGGCCGGCCGGCCCCUGUUUGCUGUGCCCUGUGUCUGUGUCUCUCUUCCCGGCAGGUCAACACAACCUGAAGACAUGUCUUUCUUUCUGUGGCCUCUGGUCUGCUGUGACAUCAUUUAGACCUCAUCCGUGCCCUGACCUUCGGCUCAUGAAAACAAUUUAACAUUGCCGGGUUCUGGUGAUUAAGACCACCCACUGGGUUCCCUUGUGCUCUCAAUGCUGAUUGUGUGGUGUGCUGCUGUUCCAGAUAAACCAGUGCCAUUCCAUGAGAGACAGGGACGCUGCAAACGCAUGCCAGGUGCACCCCCUGGGGCUCAGAGCAGUGACAGAGACAGCGGUGUUGGUAGAGACGAGGAGACACUGCCACCGGUGGCAGCAGCGUGUUCGUGCUCCUGCCACCAGAGCCAGGACAGUCUCCCACUCAUGCAAUCAUCUGACUCGUUGGACUGCGUGCUAGUGACGGGGAGACGGAGCUGCCAAAGGAGACCACGGGAUUGCACCUGACUUGCAUGGCCGGGUCUGUUUCCUCCCCAAGUAGUCACAUGUGUGUCCCUCACGGUUGAGACGCGGGCACCUCGUGUGGUGUAAACCUCCUGUUAUUUAAUCUCCCGCCGUUCCAUUUUUCUCUUCUGUUAAGUUACUUAGAACUUUCUAAGAAACUCCAUGAAAUGAGGAAAUAACUGUUUAUAAUAACUUGCGGAAAGAGGUAAAAAUGUUCAUUCCAAGUGGAAAAUCUGAUUGGACACAUUUUAAAUAAAAUCAUGCAUACCUGA